AUGGCUUCUUUUUCUUCUACACCUCAUGGACGUGAUUUUCAAUCUCAGAUUCCCUCUACUUCUGGAAAACGUCAUAGUCAUGGUUGUGGCUCUAAAAUUUGUGCUCAUUGUGAACGACCUGGACACACUAUUGAUACUUGCUACCGUAAACAUGGGUUUUCUCCCCAAAUGCAGAAUUCUCAGUUUGCACAUCAUGUUCACACACCUGACGAAAUUGACGAAGGUGAUGAUGGGGCUACUGUUCUUUCCCAGGCGUAUGGGAUUGAUGAAUAUUUUAAAAAUUUUCAUACCGUAUUGCCUGACGUAAUCUGGGGUUCUUAUGAAUAUCCCUCGGAAAGAGGCGAUGGUUGGGUUGGGGAUCCAAGAACUUGGGAACUUGAUGUUGGGGGCUUUCCAGUAGACUCUACUUCUAUCAGGCCAUUAGGUCGAAAAGAUAUUGAUUGUCAUCAUAAUGCGACCGAUCCACUCGUAGCACUUCAGAAAGUCAAGAGGAUAAUUAAGUAA